AUGAUGUUCAAGUCCGCCCUCGUCCUCUCCGCUGCUCUCGCGGUGGAUGCCUUCGCCGUGAUACGUCGUGGAGCGAAUGACUGGGCUCCUCCCACGUCCGAUGACCGCCGAAGCCCGUGCCCGAUGGUCAACACCCUUGCCAACCAUGGCUACCUCCCUCGCAACGGAUUGAACGUCUCCCUGGCCGACCUCAUUACUGGCUUUACAGCAGCUGUGAACUUGGAUCCUGCUGCAACCACUCUCGUUGGACAGAAAGCACUUCUUACGUCUACAACCGGGAACAACGCCACUUUCAACUUGGACGAUCUUGAUAAGCAUGGAGUCAUUGAGCAUGAUGGCAGUCUGAGCCGCAACGAUGUUUAUUUUGGUGACAACCACAGCUUCGACGAGGAAAUCUGGGAGACCGUUGCCUCCCACUUCGUCAACGAGACCAUCUCUAUCCCUACUGCCGCCAAGGCUAGGGCUGCCCGCCUUCAGGCCGCGGCCGCCGCCAACCCUGAGUUCAGUCUGACUGCCGACGGUGUUCAAUUCAGUUUCAUUGAGACUGCCCUUUACCUCUCCAUCUUUGGCAACUUGGACGACGGUAACGCCAAGACCGAAUGGGUCAAGGUUCUGUUCCAGGAAGAGCGCUUGCCGUUCGCCGAGGGCUUCACUAGAUCUAACACUUCCGUCACGGCUGCUGGAAUUCUUGGACUUGUCAGCAAGGUUGCUGCUGCCAGUGUAUGA